AUGUGGAUUUUAAAAAUAUUUAUUGGUAUUAUGUAUGGUGUGAUCCGUUUGAGAUCUAGUCAGGCACGAUGCGUAGAAUUUCAAAGGGAUUCAUUAAUUAUGUCAAUCAUAAUGAAUAAUAAUAGAAUAGAUCGUUUUAAUAAUAAUAAUAAUAAAUACAAUCUUUACCAUGCUAAAGCACAAGUUCGACAUGGUAUAUACCCAAAAGCAAAAUUAUCAUUAUCUCUAAAUCAUCUCAAAACACAUAUUCAAGAAUUUAAAAAUAUAUCAAUAUCAAAUAAUGAAGAGCAAUAA